AGAAAACAUAAGUGAAAAAAAAACUCCACAGAAAUCAAAUCAGAAAAAAGAUGAUGAAGUUCAAGUCCAAGAGAUUUGGCAUUAGAUUUGGUUUUGGUAAAAGAACCAACAACAAAGGCACAAAACAAGAUCAACAACAAAAAGGAUUUGGUAAUAACAACAACAAUGGUAGCAGCAGCAACUAUGAGAUCAAAUGGGAACUCAGGCCAGGAGGUAUGCUCGUUCAAAAGAGACAAGAGAGCAUUGGUGAAGACUUGAUCUCCAUAAGAGUCUCUACUUUUGCUCAUUUUCAUGAUCUCUCCAUUGAAGCCACCUCCACCUUUGGGGAACUUAAGAUGGUACUAGCAUUGCUUACUGGUCUCGAGCCAAAACAACAACGGCUAUUAUUUAAAGGGAAAGAAAGAGAGGAUGAUGAAUAUCUACACAUGGUUGGUGUUGGAGAAAAAGACAAAGUCUUGUUGUUAGAAGAUCCUGCCUUCAAAGAGAAAAAGCUUCUUAACAACAUUUCCACUUCUUGCCCUACUAUAAUCGUAUAAACACCUAAACAAG